AUGGAAAGCCAGGAAGAAGUCGUUGAUGUGGGAGGAGAGAGCGAGGUUGUGGAGACAGGCGAGAUCCAAGAGACUGUUGGUGAAGGUGAAGAGGAGGGCGAGUACGAAGAAUACUACGAGGAAGAUGAGGAGGAUGAAGAGGAGACUGAAGAUUAUGGUAAUUAUGCUGACCAAGAUGAUUUUGAUGAGGACGAGGAGGAGGUUGUCUAG